GCCCUCGCGCCAGCCCGCUCGGCUGCGGCGGCCGCGGCGUAUGAGGGAGAAGCUGACGGACGCGCGGACGGGGGCGCUGAAGGACGGCCGAGCGCACUCGCGACCGGACCAGAGAAGUGAGAGCAGCAAGAACUACACUUGGCAACCAUGUCAGCAGAACUGGAGACCUCAGAGGGGCUGGAUGAGUCAGAGAAAAAGAGCUCUGGGGCCCCAGAAAAAGAAAACCACACCAGGAUGGGUGACCUCUCCGAGCUCCUGAAGGAAGGGACCAAGGAAGCACACGACCGGGCAGAAAACACCAAGUUUGUCAAGGACUUCUUGAAGGGCAACAUCAAGAAGGAGCUAUUUAAGCUGGCCACUACUGCACUUUACUUCACAUACUCAGCCCUCGAGGAGGAAAUGGACCGCAACAAGGACCACCCAGCCUUUGCCCCCUUGUACUUCCCCAUGGAGCUGCACCGGAAGGAGGCGCUGACCAAGGACAUGGAGUAUUUCUUUGGUGAGGACUGGGAGGAACAGGUGCAGUGCUCUGAGGCUGCCCGAAAGUACGUGGAGCGGAUCCACUUCGUGGGGCAGAAUGAGCCGGAGCUGCUGGUGGCCCACGCCUACACCCGCUACAUGGGGGACCUCUCGGGGGGCCAGGUGCUGAAGAAGGUGGCCCAGCGGGCACUGAAACUCCCCAGCACGGGGGAAGGGACCCAGUUCUACCUGUUUGAGAACGUGGACAAUGCGCAGCAGUUCAAGCAGUUGUACCGAGCCAGGAUGAAUGCCCUGGACCUGAACCUGAAGACCAAAGAGAAGAUCGUGGAGGAGGCCAACAAGGCCUUCGAGUACAACAUGCAGAUAUUCAAUGAACUGGAUCAGGCUGGCUCCUUGCUGGCCAAAGAAACCCUGGAGGAUAGGCUCCCCUUGCAUGAUGGAAAAGGAGAUGUGGGUAAAUGCCCCUACUACGCUGCUAAACAAGACAACGGUGCCCUGGAGGGCAGGAGCUGCCCCUUCCGAACAGCCCUGGCUGUGCUGAGCAAGCCCAGCCUCCAAUUCAUUUUGGCCGCUGGCGUGGCCCUGGCUGCUGGCCUUUUGGCCUGGUACUACAUGUGAAGGACCCAUCAUACCACGCUGGCGCCCUCCUCUUGAGCGACCACGGGCCCGCCCCCACCUCCACCUGGGACUAAACUGCCACCUCAGGUGACUUUUUUUUAAUGAUGGGUUUGAGAAAACAAGCAACCAAUAAAAGCCAGACGCUGACGCCUCUGCCUGUCAGCAUCCUCUCUGCAGGUCAGAUGCUGAGCUGGGUUGAGGCCCCACCUUCCCUGCAGCCCCCAGGUUGUGGCACCAGGAGCAGCUGAUGCAGCUCACUGGGCUGACUUGGGCCUUUGGAACCAGCUCUGCUUGCUGGGCACCCACACCUUUGACCUGAGGCUUGUUCCCUUUGUUCUUCCUUGAUGUGUUGGCAUUUAGGUGGGGAUCUUUACCCUGCUGGGAGCAGAGCAGUCAGCAAUCCCAGGCUUCCAUAGAUCUGUGGGUGGGAGGGGGGCCUCCCCAAAUGCUGCUGCUCUACUGUGGGUCCUCUCCCGUGGGGGAGGUAAGAGGGGCAGAGGCCCUGGGAGCUCCAUCCUGGGUAGCCAGUCCUCAUUCCUCUCAAGCAGAAACCCCUGAGAGGGCGUUGUUCAGCUGUGGCCUCUCUUCUCUGCCCUAUGUAAAUGCUACAGCACUCAAUAAAGUGGACUCUGACA